AUGAGCCGGUCCAGCGGAGGAAGUCAUGGCAAAUUCUCUUACGCUGAUGUAGAGAAGGUUUUGCAGGUUGUCAUAGAACUACCACGGAGUGUUGUGAUCACGUCGCGACGUUUGAUGCUGCUCACGAGGUCGUGGCCUGUGUACAUGCAUGUGCGCUGCACCGCUGUGUUUCCGCCGAUGCGUUUGCGCCGAUGCGUUUGCGCCGAUGCCUUUACGCCGAUGCGUUUGCGCCGAUGCGUUUGCGCCGAUGCCUUUACGCCGAUGCGUUUGCGCCGAUGCGUUUGCGCCGAUGCCUUUACGCCGAUGCGUUUGCGCCGAUGCGUUUGCACCGAUGCGUUUAAGCCGAUGCGUUUGCGCAGAUGUGUUUACGUCAAUGCGUUUGCGUAUAUGCGCUUACGCAGAACUGGUUAG